AUGUCUGCCGCCAACGGAACAUCUGAUCAACGGUACACGCGUUUAGAGAAACUAGGCGAGGGCACAUAUGCUACAGUGUUUAAGGGGAAGAGUCGUCUUGGAGGAGAGAUAGUCGCACUCAAGGAGAUUCAUUUAGAUGCAGAGGAAGGUGCUCCAUCCACUGCUAUCCGCGAGAUCUCUUUGAUGAAAGAAUUGAAACAUCGUAAUAUUGUCCGCCUCCAGGACGUUAUCCAUACAGAGAACAAGCUCACUCUCGUCUUUGAAUUUAUGGACCAGGACCUGAAAAAGUUUAUGGAUGUCACCGCACGAUCUAGUCAUGGUGCACUCGAAACACCUAUGAUCAAGUCAUUCAUGUACCAACUGCUACAGGGUAUUGCUUACUGCCAUGAGAACAGAGUGUUGCAUCGUGAUUUGAAACCCCAGAACUUGCUUAUUAACAAGCGAGGAGAACUCAAGUUGGGUGAUUUUGGUCUUGCACGUGCCUUUGGCAUUCCCGUAAACACCUUCUCCAACGAAGUUGUCACGCUUUGGUAUCGUGCACCCGAUGUCCUGUUAGGUUCACGAAUGUACUCAACUUCAAUCGAUAUCUGGUCAGCCGGCUGUAUUAUGGCUGAAAUGUACACCGGUAGACCCCUUUUCCCUGGAACUACCAACGAGGACCAACUCCAAAAGAUUUUUAGAGUGAUGGGUACUCCUACCGAACAAACAUGGCCAGGCGUCUCUCAGUUGCCAGAAUAUAAACCUGCUCAGGCUAUCUAUCCUCCGCAGCAUAUCACCCAGAUUUUGCCUACAUUGGAUCCAAUGGGACUUGAUCUCUUGAGUAGAAUGCUCCAAUACCAGCCCCAAAUGAGAAUCUCUGCAAAGGAUGCCCUUAGCCAUGUGUAUUUUAACGAUGUAGCUCGCUCCUAAUGGCUUAACUAUAAAAAAGAAGAAUAUCCAAACUUUGACUCUACAUAUUCACCUCAACACUUACCCCUCUCAAUCUCUCUAUUUCUCUCUAUCUGUUGAACUCAAUUUACUAUCUUUUAUAUAUGUCCAACAUAUAAGCACAAGCAUUCAUAAUGUAAACAGCCCACGUUUGCAUGGAUAAUAAACCUUUCUUUCUCUCUU